AUGUAUACAGCAACAAUCAUAGCCAUUGCCGGGCUGUUAAUAGGCACUUAUAUUAUCACGCGGCGUAAAUCAGCGUCUUUGCCCCUGCCGCCAGGCCCUAAGCCAUUGCCAAUCAUUGGCAAUGUCCAUCAAGCUCCCAAGUCCCACGGCUGGAACACAUAUCGCGAAUGGAGCAAGCAGUAUGGACCCAUUGUUCACCUGAACAUGCUUGGACAGCACGUCAUAAUUUUGUCUACGUCUGAAGUAGCCCACGAACUACUGGCGAAGCGUGGAGCUAUGUUCUCAGACCGACCUCGUCUUUUUGCAAGACUCUCUUCAAUAUCAUUCUUGGCGACGGAGUUGGCCUUGAAAGGACUUAACAUUCUCAUGAUGAAUUACACCGAGCAAUUCCGACAACAUCAGAGGCUACAGGUCUCGGUGUUAAAUGCGACACCGGUAGCCGCCUAUAUUCCCCUCCAAACUCUAGAGUCACAGCAAUUGAUGCACGAUCUCCUGGAAAGUGCGGGCGGCGCUGGUGCUGAGGUUCAAGGACAUUUUCAGCGCGCAGUCGCUAGCAUCAUCCAUACAUUACUGUAUGGUUUCCGUGUUAAAGACUGCAACGACCCAGUCCUUCGCACCGUGGUUAAACUCAACGAUGAAUUUUCUCAGUUUGUUCAGGUGGGCGCGCACAUUGUCGACCAGUUCCCCGUGCUUAAUAACCUGCCUGGCUUCUUGGCCCCAUGGCAGGCAAAAGCUGAGAAUCACUACUCGACCAAACAUGAUCUGCGGGACAAAAACUUCCAGCAGGGCCUGGAGUCUAAUGCCUGGAAUAUAUCGAAGUAUCUCAAGAAGUCUGUCGAAAAGGACGGCCUCGAGAUGCCCUUGAAUGAGCUAGCGUUUGAGCUAGGUACCAUGAUCGACGCCGCUUUGGAUGGCACCACAGAUAGCUUGAUAUGGUUUGUAGUGGCUUGUGUCACGCAAGACCAGGGCUUCGUCGCUAAGGCACGCAAGGAGCUAGAUGCCGUUGUCGGGCACGACCGACUCCCAGCCCUAGAUGACAAGCCCAACCUACCGUACAUCACCGCGAUUGUCGAAGAGAUAUUCCGUUGGCGACCCGUUGGCCCCGAGGGCGUCCCUCACUUAAACAAGGAAGAAACUACCUACAAUGGAUAUACCAUUCCCAAGGGAUCUGUUAUAAUACCCAACGUUUGGACAAUCUCUCGGGAAGAGUCUGUGUUCGGCCCAAACCCCGACAAUUUCAUACCGGAUCGCUGGCUCGACGAGCAUGACGGAAAGCUCAAAGACCUCCCCGCUGCCGGCUUUGGUUACGGAAGGCGGACCUGCCCUGGGCGGUAUUUCGCCCGCAAUUUUAUCUGGAUCGUCGUUGCUCGGCUUGUAUGGUCAUUUGAUAUUAAAGCUGGUCUGUCCGAGGAGACGGGCGAGCCCGUCGUCAUUGACCCUUCUGCAUGCACCUAUGGCCUGGUUAUGCGGGCCCUGCCUUUUAAGGCUUCAUUUAACCCUCGUGGACCUUGGGUGCGUGACGUGAUUGCCAGAAAUGGUGACACUUAUAGCAAGGACCAUGUGGCCAUGCUCAACCAAAUUGGAGCAGAGUUCGCUAAGUUUUAG